AUGAGUGCAUGCACGGAGAGGAGGAGUAAGAGAAUCACAACAGACCCUGGCGACAGUUGCGUUGUGUUGCGUGCCGCUAAAAAAAAAUCGCGGUUUUUCUUUCAUAACCGAGAGCGACCAUGUCACGGAAACCCAAAGAGGAGCAUCACCGGUUCUUCACCGUCACCGACCCGCGCACCCACGAGAAGGGCCACACCGAGUACAGAGUGACAGCGAGGUUUGUGUCCAAGCGCCAUCCAGAAGAUGUGAAGGAGGUGGUUGUGUGGAGGAGGUUCUCAGAGCUGAAGAAGCUCCACGGGGAGCUGGCCUACACGCACAGGAACCUGUUCAGAAGACAGGAGGAGUUUCCGCCUUUUCCCCGAGCACAACUUUUUGGAAGGUUUGAUGAGGCUGUGAUAGAGGAAAGGAGAAAGGCGGCAGAGGUCAUGCUUCAGUUUACUACCAGCAUACCUGCUCUGUACAACAGCCCACAGCUCAAGGACUUCUUCAGAGGUGGCGAGGUAACAAGGCCUCUGGAUCCCUCGCCUCUCUCCUCUGCGGGGCCUCUGCCUCCUCCUCUCAUCCCCCUCCCCAAGCGUAGGGCAUCGGACUGCGAGCCUGCUGAGGAAGAGGAGGGCAGGGAGGCUCCCACCUUGCCCCAGGACCUGGGCAACAACCUGAGCUUAGAAGUGGGAGAACCAGAAGUGGCAGCCGAGGCCUACAGCGAGAUCGGAGGAUCUCCAAGAGAAGAAGAACACGAGGAGCUUAGUGACGCAGAGCUGGAUGACCGAGUCCCAUCUCCAUUCACAAACCACGAGUCAAAAGAGACCCAGGAGGAAUUUGACUCACUAUUUGACUCUGUGGCAGAGGGACUUCCAUCCCCAAAGGAAGAAGUCCCCCCUCCAUUAUCUGAUACUGACUUGGCUGUUUUUGAUCCCUGCUAUAAACAAGAUAGAUCCAGUUCUUCCACUGGGCACUUAGAGUUAUUCUCACUACCAACAAACAGUCUGGAUGGAGAGGAUGGGGGUUACUUAAACCAAGCGGCCAAGGAGCUGACAGCUGCCAUGGAGCAGGAGAAGGAGGGAGAAAUUAGUUCUGCCAUUUGUGGAUAUAGGAUGGCAGUAGAUAUACUGAUCACUGGAGUACAGGGAGACACGGAUCCAGUACGCAGGGAGUCUGUGAUGCGAAGGACAGCGCAGUACCUGAAGCACGCUGAGACGCUGGUGGACAGGCACUCCUCACCCACUCACACUCACACGCCUACCCGUGCACAGGACCCCUAGACACACACAUGUAUAUUGAUGCACAAUAUACCCAAGAUAUGAAGACAGAUCAAAGAUAGCGAAGCUCAGGGUUGUCGCAUAUGCCGACAUGUCACACGUGGGCACAUUCACCAAAAGGGACCGUAAAAUGUGACAACAACCAGUUCCAUGGACACACGCACAUAUGCUGAUUUGGACCAUGGCAUUCCCAAAUGCAAGUACAUCCAGGUGGGAAAAAACCCCCAACAUGGCACAAAUAUAUAGAUGCACACGACUGAGGUACACACUACGUUGCAAACUGGCUCUUUAGCUGCCUUUGAUUAGAAAAAUGUGUGAUUUACAAAAUCUACUUAUAUAGAAACUGAACGUAGCUGUAAAAUUACUGGAUUAAAAAAAAUAUUUCUUUGUUUUUUUUUUUCUCGUUAUCUUUCUUUUAUAUUGUUCUCUGUGUGAAUACAGUAAUGCGU